AAAGGCACUUGUCUUGUCAAGAGUAUCUUUUACGUUUCUGUCGUAGCAACUUACAGUCGCAUUUUUAUCUCUUGCUGUUAAAUAAUAAUAUACAAUAUGAAGCUAUAUAGCGUUUCGGACGGUCCACCGUCUCUUGCAUGUCAGCAGCUGUUGAAGGCUUUAGAUAUUAAGUACGAAUUGAUCAAUAUGGAUUUUGGAAAAGGUGAUCAUAUGACUGAAGAAUACGAAAAGCUAAAUCCACAAAAAGAAAUACCUACUCUUGUCGACAAUGAUCUUAUAAUGGGUGAAAGUAAUGCAAUUCUACAAUAUUUAGCCGAUCAGUAUGAUAUAAGCGGUAAAUUGUAUCCAAAGGCACCGAAGUUGCGAGCGAUUAUCAAUCAUCGUCUGUGUUUCAAUUUAGCGCUUUAUUACCGUAACAUCAGCGAAUAUACCUUGGCGCCGAUAUUUUUUGAUUAUCAACGUUCACCGUUGAGUCUCAAGAAAACAAAAAUUGUGUUGGAUAUCUUUAACACGUAUCUGCAACGCGAAAACUCCGAAUAUGCAGCAGGCAAUAGCCUGACAAUCGCCGAUUUUCCAUUGAUAACUGCGACAAUGUGCCUGGAAGCCAUCGACUUCAAAUUGGAUGCUUGGCCUUACGUAAUGAAAUGGUACGACAAUUUUAAACGGAAGCAUCCUGAUCUUUGGGAAAUUGCGGCGAGUGGAAUGCGAGAAAUCAGUUACUUUGAGAAACAUCCACCAGAUAUGUCCGGUAUGGAUCAUCCGAUACAUCCGAUACGCAAAAGCGCGUGAAAGAGUUUCUGCAACGAAAUCCAAUAAUUUUGCCCAUUUGCAAACACUUUUUAUUUUAAAUUAAUUUGCAGUUUUUCUAAGCAUAAUAUAAAAAGAAUGAUAAUAAAAGUGAUUUUUUACUAAACUAGAUUUAUUAUUGACACAUUCGUUCAAUAUUUGCACAAU